GCUGUCCAGUGCAAAGCCUGACAUACGUCGGUGUCGGUGUAAUCGAGUGGCCUGUGUUUACAAACACACGAUACACGAAACAAUCGAGUUACUAUAAUACAGAGUCAGCGCGCGCUUGAUCUGCUCAGUUCAGCUUUACGACCACUGUGUCUGCGUGUAUAAUUUUCAAUUUUUUUUUGUAAAUUCUGCGAGUAAGCUUAAUCGUAAUGGAGUAUCCUGGUCAUUUGGAAGGGAUGCUGGACCGCGACCAAAGAACGGCCAAGUUGAGGUUCUUCAACGAAAGUGAUAUUAAGCCAGUGCCAAAAACGUACAGUUUCCAGGACAGCACGCCGAACGGCACAACCCCUGCGAAACGCCACUGCUGCUGUCCCACGAGGACGAAAAGACCCAGCAGCAGCAGCAGUAGCAGCACCAACUCUUCUCACCUCGCCUGCAGGAACGGGUACCUGCUGAACACCUUCCAAAGUGUUAAAAACGUCCUUAUAGUAGUCUGCCUUACCCUAGUGACCCUUCCUACUGCUAAUUCGAUCCCCGUCAAAAGGGACACAAUGGCCGAUAGAAUGAGUUCAGAUAUGAAGUGGAUCAAUCCUUGUAAUAUUAACACAGGAGGUGAAAUUACUGAAAACCCGAGAAACACUGACUUCAACAGCAGCGAGCUUGGCAAGAUCAUCGGAGAAGCAACCCGUGCUUUUAUCGCAGCGAAUAAUUCCCUUGACGACUUUGCAUUCGGAACCUUUGGUAAAAAUGAAACGACUGUCCACACCGAUUUUAUUAAUAAACGUUUGCCUUGGUUAGAAACAGAUUGGUUGGGAAAUAAGCGUCUUCAUGAAAAUAUUACUGCCGACGAACUUGCAGCUUUAAAGGUUGAGGAUGUAUUGGUGAACGUUUAUAAAAUUCUACAACGACUGGCUGUGGGCCUGGAACAAAUAACGUGGGAUCAGCAGGACAAAGGAGACAAUUUUAAAGAAUAUUUUGCAAACUCUGAACUUCAAUUGAAGACGGUUCUCUGCGAAUUGUAUACUACCAUCGAGGCACACGGACUUAAAAUGCCUGAAUACCCGACCAGGGACAUUAUGAGCGUGGAUGAGAGGAGUAAAACCAGUAAUACUGAAAGGAAGAUUAGGGAUUGGCUCAUACUUAGGGACUAUAUCAAUACUUUAGAUUUUUUGAAACAAUCUCUCGAACACCUAGUGAAGGAUUUGACUAGCUCACCCGAAAGUUAAUGAGUGUUUUUUUCUUAGUCCUAUUUCAAAGAAGCGAAGACGGAGAGAAUUUUAACGGCCUUGCGACAAGUUUUAGGCAAGAUAUCAUAUAUUUCCAAAACGGCCAUAAAUCUACUUAUUGUACUUGUUAGGAUGAUGUUAUUUAUUAUUUAAAUCAAUAUUUAUUAAGUAUUUAUUCUAAUUAUAUAAUUUUAUUUAUUCUAAGUUGUAAAUAUAUAUUAUUUUAAAAGAUUUUAACGAAGUAUUAUUACUGAUAUUGAUAUUUGUGACUGAAGUUUGCUAUAUACAUAUAUUUAAAAUAUAACUUAAAUUUCUUUA